ACCAUCAUCAUCCGUAGACCUAAAGCAAAACUCAUAUCCAAAACUACUGAAACAUGUUCGGACCAAGAUUCGUUUCCGUUUCCGUUGCGGCUGUGGCUGCGGCCAUAGUUCCCGUGGCCAUAACGACGAUGUUGUUGAUGGGCGGCGACAUGAUUCAGGCAAGACGGCAGGCUACAUACGUUGUCGGAGGCGACGAUGGUUGGGACUUGGCCAUUCCUAUGUACACUUGGCCACAAGGCAAAACCUUCUAUGCAGGCGACAUUCUUGUGUUCAAGUACGAUCCUCAAGACAGCAACGUGAUGGUCGUAAACAGAACCGCAUACGAGACGUGUAGGCCGAACGAUGGAGCGAGAGAGUUCGAUUCGGGCAACGACAGGAUCCAAUUGAAUUACGGCUACAACUAUUUCAUCGGCACUUACAACGAAUACGACUGCGGCGCCGGUCUGAAAAUGGCCAUCAGGGCAUUGGCCUCGCCUUCCGAUUCUCCUAAUUAAACCGACAUUGUUAUUGUCCCAACACAUUUUCUCAAAAAAGGGAUUAAUAAGUGGCAAUGCCUUUCGCUACAUAUUUUCAAAAGCUUUGAUUACAUCUUGGCUUCAAUCCUAUUGAUGUUA